ACCCGAAUAGGUCUUCCUGUCAAGGCGGUGGUGUGCAACCACUUUGAAUGCUUUGAUUUCGACAAUUUCUGCGUUUUUAAUCGGAUUCCUACAGGCAUAAAAACGGUAUUGCGUAAAGAUCUCAUCCGCAGAAGUAAUGAGAUGAAAAAGAGAGACAAACAAGUGGCUACAACCACCGGAUCCCGUGGUAAAACCGAUAUCGUUAGCCUUACCCGAAACUUUGUCUACAAACCCAACAUUAGCGGCUUCAACAACUUCCGCAAGAAUUCAACAGGUGCUUCUCAAAGCUAUCCAAUUUAUCGUUGCCCUGUUUGCAACAAACUCUUUGAAUUGAACCACCUUUUCAUCUCUGAUGUGUUCAACUACUUCAUCAAGACAACCCCUCUGGAAAUCGACAGGAUCGAGCUCCGAGACAUGGUUAAGUAUAGAAUUGUUGAGGAUGACAUUAACGACCCCCACAAAAAUCAGACCAAUGCCCAGGCGGAAGAGGUGAUAGAACUUCUUUCAGAUGACGACGAUACUCAAAGUCAUAGUCCCCAGCUUCAAAAGGAAGAUAUUUCCGACAGCGAGGCUACAGAAGAAGAGGUACUUGUUAGAAAGUCAGACAACAAUUUCUGGGAUUCAGACGACAGCUUUGAUGACAGCUUCGAGGAAUCUUAUAGACGGUACCAGGACCAAUACACUGCCGGGGCUGGUGCUGUAAGAGGUUCAGGAAGUUGGGAAGACCCUGUGACACUCGACUAAGGGGUCCUUGGCCGUCAGAACCACAAUUGUAUAUAUGCAAAUGUAAUUAGCCUUCAUCGCCAAUUAUCAUGCAUUGUCAGUGCGCAGCCAGAUGCUUGAAUCUGUUUGGGAAAAAUUUCAGGCACCGCAAUCGCAUUGAUCGCACUGAAAUUUUGUUGAAGCAAUAAACAUCUUUCACGAGGACCAAUUGAAUACCGCCGAACACGAUCCAAUUGACUGUUGAAAUGUCCGAAGACACCCAAGGAGCAAUUCAACCGACAGAGGUGUUGGAACCACCCAAACAGGUGGACGUUUCCAGCCAGCCUCCCCCAGUUGCGGUGAAGUCCGCAAAGAAACUGGAUGCUCGUUCGAGGACCAGCUCAAGAGCCACUUCAGGACCUGGAAUCAAAGUUGAAGCACCUGAAUUGGUUGCAAGUGAGGAUUAUGAUACCUCCAAUAGUACCAAGAAACCCAAACCAAGAGAACCUGUUGAUUCGACUUACAUUGGCUGGCAGGAAGUUGGUGGGUGGCAGAAGGAAGAUGUGUUGACCCUUGAAGAGGAGAUUACUGAUUUGUUAUCCAAAAAUUCGAUUUUCGACCAAUAUUUACCAGCAGUUGCUUAUGGUGAUUGGUUCCACAACGCUGGGUAUAUAGUCGUUGCUGGAUUGCUUUCAUGGAUUAUUGGAUGGUUCCGGUUCUCGUUGGCACCCAUGUUUGUGGUUAUGGGAGUGUUUGCCAUUUUGUAUCGUACUUCCAUCAGAAAGUAUAGAAGUAACUUAAGAGAAGUGGCUCAAAGAGAGUUUUCUAUCAAGUCCAUUGAAAAUGAUUAUGAAACUAUCGACUGGUUAAACGUUUUCUUGGAAAAGUUUUGGUACUAUCUUGAACCUUCUAUUUCUCAAAUUGUAUGUGAGCAAGUGAACCCUAUUUUGGCUGCUUCUCCUGCUCCUGCUUUCAUCAAGGGUUUGUGGAUUGACAGUUUUACUGCUGGAACCAAACCCCCAAGAGUAGACACCGUCAAGACCUUACAAGGCACUGAUGACGAUGUGGUGGUCAUGGACUGGGGUGCAUCGUUCACUCCAAAUGCUUUGGCUGAUUCAAGCACCAAGCAGAUGAAAAACAACGUGAACCAAAGAAUUAUUGUCAAGGCUAGUCUCUUUGGAUUCCCCGUCUCUGUGGCUGUUUCUGACGUUUCUUUCAAGGCUUUGGUUAGAAUUAGAAUGAGAAUGAUGACUACGUUCCCUCAUAUUGAAACCGUCAAUGUCUCGUUGUUGGAACCUCUUCAAUUCGACUUCAAUUCCAAAGUUUUGGGUGAUUCCAUCUUCAACUGGGAAAUUUUGGGAAUCCCUGGUCUCUACCCAUUUAUCAAUGAGAUGAUCAAGAAAUACGUGGGACCAAUUGUCUAUACUCCAAUGUCUUUCCAGUUGAACCUUCAACAAUUGGUGGCUGGUUACGCCUUGGACUCGGCUGUAGGUGUGUUGGCAAUUACUGCAAAGAGGGCCAAGAACAUAAGAGGUUUCCAAACCAUUGGGAACACCAUGGACCCAUACUUGACUUACGGAUUCUUCAAUCAAGUGGUUGGUGAAACCCGUCACAUUGAAGACACUGUCAAGCCUGUUUGGAAUGAAACCACCUAUAUUACUGUCCGUACUUUGUCGGAGCCAUUGAGUAUUACGUUGGUCGACGACAAUGGAAAGAGAAAAGAUACUCAAUUGGGAACUAUCCAAUUUGAUUUGGAUACUUUACAGAGGAAUCCUAAGCAGCCCAACUUAUCCGCACCUUUCCUUAGAAACAACAAGCCGGUUGGAGAAUUGGACUUUUCCUUACACUUUAUGCCAACCAUUCCUCCAAAGAGACAUGUUGAUGGUGCCAUUGAUCCUCCUCCAGAUUUGAACACCGGUAUUGGUAGAAUCGAGCUUUUGGAAGCGAGAGGUUUCAACAAAGAUGACAAAAAGCCCUCUUCUGCCUAUGCUGAAAUCCACUUCAACGACGAGUUGGUUGAAACAUCCAGUAUUAAAAAGAAGACUAACAAUCCUAAUUGGGGAUUGAGAUACGAAGCUAUUAUUAAGAACAAAUCAAAUUCUAGAAUCAGAUUUGUUAUUAGAGACAAGGACGAUUCGUUCCUUGGUUCGAUAACUUCCACGUUAAACGAAUUAAUCGAUGCUACUCAAGUUAAUCAGACUUGGUUCGGGUUAUCUAAAGGAGGUGAAGUCAGGAUCAACGCUUCAUGGAAACCAGUAGAUUUACCAUUCAGUGGUGAUUCUGUGGGAUUCACGCCUCCAAUUGGUGUUGUAAGAGUGAGUAUUGAAGGUGCUCAAGACUUACGUAAUUUGGAGAGAAUUGGAAAAAUUGAUCCAUACGCAAGAAUUCUUAUAAACAAGUUCCAAAGAGCUAGAACUAUUGCCGUUGAAUCUUCCUUGAAUCCAACCUGGAAUGAAGUGUUUUACUGUUCAGUUACAUCUCCAAAUCAAUUGUUGACUAUUGAAGUUAUGGAUGUCGAGAAGAGAUCUGCUGAUAGAACAUUGGGUUCUUUUGAUGUCAGAUUACACGAAAUUAUCAACAAGAACGAGUUGAACAAGUACAUUGAACAUGUUGAUACCGACAAGAGACUGUCUAAGUUGAUCACCAAGAAGGGACCAAAGGGUGUUGUUACUUACUCCUUAGCAUUCUAUCCUAACUUGCCUAUUAUUCCAAUAGGUGAAAUUAGACAAGAAGAAGCCCGAGCUCUUAAGGAAAAGAAGCUUAGAGAAAAAGCUGAGGCUGAUAAGACCGCUGAAGACAAGGAAGCCGAGGAAAAGCUCAAGAAAGAAGAAAAGACCAAGCAAGACAGAAUUAAGGAUGGCGAGGUAGAAGAAGAAGAAGAGCCUGAAAAGCGUAUGAGAUUGAAAUUAUCUUUGGAAGAAUUAUUGGAAUAUAACAGUGGUGUUUUUGUGUACGAAAUUUUGGAAGGAAGUGUUUCGAAAGAAAACGUCUACUUGCAAGCCUUUUUUGACAACCAUUCUCAUUGUGAUUUUGCUAGUCAAAAGUUGAAGGGUAAAAGCUCCAUCAAGGUUGGAGCUACCGGAGACGUUACAAUCAAGGAAUUGGAUAAGUCUACUGCUAACUUUAGAAUCGUUAAGGAGCUGGAUGAGAAUAGAAUGGAAAAACCUGUGGCUCAAUUCGAUAUUUCCACUCUUGAAUUACUCAAAAAGUCUUACGAAGAACCAACUACUAUUUCCUUAAAGGGAGAGGGUUCUGCUCAAUUCAAAAUCCAAUGUCAAUGGAUGCCAAUUAUCUACGAAAAUGGAUUACCUGUUCAAGACUCCAUCAACAACUGUGGUGUAUUGACUGUCGAAGUUCUCAAAGGUACCAAUUUCAUUGCCGGUGACAGCAACGGUAAGUCUGACCCUUACGUGGAAUUGCACCUCAACACUGAUAAAGAAGAAUUUCUUAAGACUAAGAAGCAAAAGAAGACUCUUGAUCCUAUUUUCAAUGAGAAGGGAACUGUUGAUGUGGUUAACAAAUACGAUUCCUUGAUUAGAGUUGUGGCAUACGAUUGGGAUAUUGGUCCUGAACAAGAUGACUUAUUAGCAAGCGGUACUCUCAAGUUAUCUGAUGUUAACUGGGAUAAUCCUGAUGAAGAAGUUGAAGUUCCCUUAUACUCUGAGACCGAGGAAGACGGUGGAAGCGUGUUUGUCAAACUCUCUUUCGAACCUAAGUUCAUUAUCGCCGCUAAGCCAAAUGCUCAAUCUGAUAUUGGUGAUGCUUUCGGAGCUGUUGGUAACGUUGGAUUAGGCGUUGGAAAGGGUGUUGGAAAGGGUGUUGGGAAAGGCCUCGGGACAGGUGUGGGUGUCGUUGGAGGUGUUGGUAAAGGUAUUGGUGGUGUUGGAAAGAGCAUUGCCAAGGGUUUGCCAUUUGGAAAACAUUAGACAGUAUGUCUUAACUUAUCGUUUGUAUUUUAUGUACGAUUUUGAACCUAAAAAUUUUUCGCAGCCAUAGACGGUUUGAUUA